AAGGCUGGCGGUUUCCAUAGCAGCAGAGUGCAACACACAUCAUGGAUCCGCACAGCCCAGGGAGAGACUAGCAGGCUGUACAGGAGCUGAGAGCCACAGGGCAUCAAUCAAAGAUGGAAGAGAAUUAUCUGAUACCCGCCUCUGAAAGUCUUCUACUGGAACACGGACUGUCUGUGGACAACCGUUGGGGUGAGAAGCUGGAGGAACUUGUGACUUUACACGUAGUGAAGCUGCUCUUGAAGGACGUGACCCUUCUGCAGUUUUGUACGUCUCUGAAGUUCUGUUCCUUGGCCGAUAACUACAUCAAAGACAUCAGAGCUCUUCAACCAUGUGUGCGCCUUGUUAAGUUGGACUUGCAUGGAAAUCAGAUACAGAAUCUUCCUGGGAUGGAAUUCUGGAGACAUUUAAAGGACCUGAAACUUCUUUACCUGCACAACAAUCGCAUCGGAAAUGUGAGCAAUGUAGAAUCCUUAUCCACCUGUCCUGCACUCUUGGGUCUCACCCUCUAUGACACGCCACUGAGCUUGCAGAAAAACUACCGCCAUAUUGUGGUCAACAGUAUAUGGUCACUAAAAGCCUUAGAUCACUUUGUUAUCUCCGAUGAAGAAAUUAUCGAGGACUGGACCCUGCAAGGCAGAUUCAAAGCACUAAGCCCGGAACUGCAACUGAACAUGUUGCCUGCUCCCAGCAAGGAGAUCUCCGUGCAAAGCGAGACAAAAGACACCAGCAAAAUCAUUAAAAAAAUCAAUUGCGUUCUGGCCGCCUCUUCUCCGGUGCUAAUUGUCCAGAAAUGGAUGCGAGGGUAUUUAGCGCGGCGGAGGAUGGGUCUUAUUUUUCAGCCGGGGAAGCGGAGGACAAAAUUGCAUUCCCAGCGGAGGAGAAGUCAGGAGGAGGACAGGAAGAGACUUCUUGUGAAAUCCAGAUUGAUAGAUAACAUUUCCGACCUCCCCAACAGCAGAAGAAUGGCCGCCGUUAAGCAGCCCGUGAGACAAGUAAACAGCACUCCGGAUACAACGCCAGUGAAGCGUAUUACGGUUGAUUUGUGGAAGAUACAGCGGGACGUACGACAGGUCUUAUCUGAAGCAGAAACUAUUCCUGAUCUCAGGAAGAAAAAUCAACAGCAGCCGGCUGAAAGUGUGACUGAAUGUGGACAUGAGAAGUACACGAGCGAAUUAAACACACACAAAGAUCAGGAUUUAAUACAGGCAGAACAAGUAAAUGAGAAGCAAUUUAGCCUUUCCGGGCUAAAAGCCUUUUUCCACCAAUCAGACCCUUCCAAAGACCUUCUGUUAUCCAAUGGAAAGUCAGCAAAAGACAUCCGCUCCUCCAUUCAACAAAUCCAUUCAAUUAUAGAAGCAAAGCGGGAUCCGGCGAGUCUGGAGAAAGGUCCAAAGUCUACGAGGCGUUCCAUGCAGGAAAGCCAACUGGUUACCCUCUUACCUCUACAUGCUAUAGACAAGGCUUAUGAGAAGCAGAAUAAAUAUAAUACAUUAAUACAAAAAAGAAAUGUGGUUGUUCAGAUGCAGGCUGAUAAAAAACAAGCAAAAUAUCACACAGAAGAGUUUUUGGAGGCAAGAAAAAAUCAAACCAUAGCGCAAAACCAGACAGACAGCAUGAAGAUAGAGCAAAGCGCACAGUACAACCUCCUGGAUAAAGCCAACUUUAUUGACCAUGUCAAGUAUAGACAUAAACAGUUUCUUUAUGAAAAGGAGGCCAGAAGAUUAGAAAAUGCAGCAGCCAGGGAAUUCAACUCCCAGCACACUUCUGUUACAAAAACUUUAAUGAGACACGAUCGAUUAAUCAGAUCCCAGGAAGAAGCGCAAAGGAAAAUUAAAUUUGUGCAAGGUUUAAAAGACGACCAGGAAAAGCAGAAACAGUUCAUUAAAUGUCUCCAGGAACACAGGCAGUUGGUGCUCCAGGUUGAAAACGCUUCCGAAAAGUUUGCUGUGGACUCUCUCAUUCAUCAGAAAAGCAAUGACCGGUUGCAGGAAGCCCAGGUUCAUGUCACAGCCAUAAAGGGUCAGCAUGUUAGAGCGCAACCCAUGGAUAAAGUCCUUGUCAAGCAGCCUGUUUCCAAAGAGACAGAUUGAUGCCCUAAAACAAAUCGAGAUUUCCAUGUACAUCCUUCUACCCUUCACCUCUGGAACAGGAGUCACAAUUCCAGAUUUUACCUGCAGCGCAGCUUACUGGUGAAAGGUGGUGUUACAUUUUCUGUAGUAAUCCUAAAAGUGUAUCUAAAGCCAAAACUUUUUUUGGUUUCAGAUAAAGUGUAGAUGGGUUGGAACCCCCAGCGGGUUUUUAUUUCUGUCUGUGUCCUUGCUGGGGAGA